AUGGCAGCAGCCCGCCUGGCCCUGGGCCGUGUGCUCCCCGGCUCUUCGGUCCUCUUCCUGUGCGAUAUGCAGGAGAAAUUCCGCGGCACCGUCUCCUUCUUCCCCCAGAUCGUGGCCGUGUCGGCGCGUAUGCUCCAGGUCGCUCGGAUGCUGGAUAUCCCCACGGUGCUGACGGAGCAGUACCCGCAGGGCCUGGGGCCCACAGUCCCGGAGCUGGGGGCCCAGGGCCUCCGGGCCGUGCCCAAGACCUCUUUCAGUAUGAUGGUGCCCGAAGUGGAGCGGCUGCUGAAAGCCAGGCCUGGCCUGCGGUCGGUGCUGCUGUGCGGGAUUGAAGCCCAAGCCUGUAUCCUGUGCACGGCUCUGGACCUGCUGGAGAGAGGCCUCGAAGUGCACGUGGUGGCCGACGCCUGCUCUUCCCGCAGGAUGUGUCUGGCACACAGCUGGUGCUUAAUCGGUGUUGGCGGAAUUCUGAAGGAGUUCCGCCAGACUCCCACUCCCUCAGCGGGUUCCCCCCUUCGGGCUUACAAUCAUUGGCUUCGAGGCCGAAAGGAGUCUGCAAGCACCCCUCCCCCUUCCAGUCAGGUGGACCGCUUGCUGGCUCUGUCCAGGAUGCGCCAGAGCGGGGUCUUCCUCACCACCAGCGAGAGCCUUAUCCUGCAGCUGCUGCGCGACGCGGCCCAUCCGCAUUUCAAGGAGGUGCAGAAGUUCCUGAGGGAUCCAGCCCCCGACACCGGCCUCCUCGGCUUGUUCCAGGGCAAGAACCCCCUCUUCAGCUGAACGCCUCGAAGCCCCGCCCCCCGCGAGCGAACCUGGGUCCCCGUCCCUGGGGGCGGAGGGCUCAGGGUCAGGAGAGGGGAGAGCCUCCCUCCGGAGACCGAACCUCCUUCCCCCACCCCGCCCGGCCGAAAACCUCGGGCCCGUUGGUCGACCACCUCCCUCUAUGCAAAUGACUCCCUGAAGGAAGGGAGAGGAUUGGCUGGGCCCAGGAGGAGGCGGGCUGGGGGGAGGUGACCCUCGGAGCCGGGUUCGGAGAAUAAAAGCUUUCCUCCACA